UGCCGUUUAUCGACAUUUCUUUUUACAAUAAUACGACUUAUGACUAUCAUGCAGCUCGCAAAUACCAAAAAUCACACCACAAAAACCUUAACCACAUGGACUCCAACUGCAAUGCUAAACUACUGGAGAUACAAAGAUCAUCCGAUUGUUGUCUACCUUAUAGCAGUAGCAUGAUGUGUUGAGUUUUUAUAUGUAUAUUAAUAGUAACAUAGAAAAGUCUUAAAAAUGCAAGUUUGUAAACGCUUCAAAUUGCACAGACUCUGGAUUAUAAUUGCAACGGCCUUCAUUUGGUCACUGAAAAUAAUGUGCUUGGUGAAUGGUCAACUAAACCCGCCGGCGGCAACGGCAUCCCAGUUUAAUAACGCACCCGGCACCGGAAACCCGCGGUUACAAAAUGCUACACAGCCUGUAACAUACAACUAUACCUGGCAUUACGGUCCGGACGGUAAAAUUGAAUACGAUUACGAAUACCAAGUUGGGAACAGCAGUGCAGCAGCUGCCGCCAACCAACCCGUUGUCUACAAUUACACCUGGCAUUACGGACCCGAUGGUAAUAUUUACUACGAUUACAACUAUCAGGUCGUCAAUUCUAGUGCUGCCGCCACACAGCCGUUUAAUUACACGUACAACUACGAUCCGAAUGGCCGAGUUACGUAUGAUUACAAUUACCAGAACAAUGGAAAUAUGAAUCAAAAUCGUGGAACGCAACCUGCAGCGUACAACUAUACUUAUUACAAUGGUCAAGCCGGAAAUGCUGUUGGGAGCGGAGCACAAGCUUGGAACGCUUCGUAUAAUUAUCCCUAUCAAUACCAACAGGGUUUUGGUGGUGCCAACCCGGUGGCCGGUAGAGGGAAUUUUAAUUAUAAUUAUUAUCAGACAAACGCGAACUUCAAUCCAAGCGGAGCACAGCCCGCACUAUACAACUACACGUAUUAUAACGGCCAAGCUAGUAACAGCUUUCCUCCAAAUAGGGGAACUUUCGGGAAUUCUAACGCGCCCUUUGGAACAACGGCGAACGGUUAUAAUUAUAGUCAGCAGUAUUUUAACGGUGCUGGGAGUAUGAACUCAAAUAACCCGGGUCCAGGAAUAUAUCCAGCUAGUUACCCCUACAACCAGCAAGUCGGCAAUGGAUUUUUCCCCAACCCUAACAUGCCCUUUGGUACCGUGGCCAACUACAGCUACAGUCAGUUUAACGGCGCAGCUGGAAAUGGGAACCAAAACCCGGUCCCGGGAUUAAAUCCAGCUGGUUAUCCAUACAAUCAGCAAGCCGGCAACGGGUUUUUUCUAAAUCCUAAUAUGCCUGUAGGAACUCUAACUAAUUACAGCCAGUUCAGUGGUGCACUGGGAAAUUUAUACCCCAACAGUCAAAAUUUAGGAACGUAUCCAGCUGGUUACAAUACCGGUAUUAACGGUUAUCCAUACAACAAUUACAACCAACAAGCAGGCAACGGAAUAUUUCCGAGUCCCAACGUGCCUUUUGGUACUGCAAACAAUUACAAUUACAGCCAGUUUUAUGGAGCUGGAAACACGAACCCAAAUCCAGGAAUGGCAAUGUAUGCAGGCGGUAAUGCGGGACUAAACGGGUACCCAUACAAUUAUAACCAGCCAACAGCCGGCUUUACAACGUCCCAAACAGGCAACACACUUCCGAUUACAAACGCAGGAUUCUCGAAUUUUGGAAUGCCUACAUCAACCCAGGCCAGGCCGCCACUUAAUAACAAUCCCGGUGGAAACCUUUUUGGUGGUGCUGGCGUAUCGUCAGCAUCACAACCGCUAACUCCCAGUCAGCCGUUUGUCAACAGCCAAGUGGGUGCCGGUAUCGGUCCGAACAGCUAUCAACAACCGACGCAAAAUAGCGUUCUAGGAUUUCCAUCAACAAGUGGGAGCCUAUCGGUUUAUAAUCCCGCUGCUCUUAGUGGCUUUUCGGGAUUAGGCAGCACAAAUGGUAACCUUUUGGCGGCUGUUAAUGCAGUACCGGGGUCACCGAAUGGAAAUUUACCACAAACCUUCUUCUCGACUUUAUCCAAUCAGCAACCGUAUAUGUCACCAAACCCAAUGACAGGCUGGCAACAAAACAGUGGUGUUGGACCUAAUAGCUACCAGCAACCGUUUCCUAAUUCACUGGGCUCCAGUUAUCCAUUUUCACAAACAUCAAACUUGUACACCGCCAACCAAGCACAAUAUUCUGAUCUCAGUAGCAACAGCAGAAACAACCUGAAUUUUGCAAACUUUAACGGUGGAACAUGGCAAACUGAUAGCAACACAAGGAAUCCAAGCGAUUUGAUGAAUCCCCAACAACGAAAGGCAGAUUAUUAUGUGAAUGGACGAAAUCAGUUGGUCCAGGUUGAGUACCUUUUGGGAACGUCCCGCACAGUUGAAACACCGGUGGCGUCGAAUGUUGUAUCUGCGUCACAAAGCACAGACGGUGCCGUAUGGAUUAUUGACACUAACGGUAGAUUUUCCCGACUGCGUUAUCCUUCAACGUAUCCACAGCUGGAACCAAACCAACCAAGAGUCCGUUUUGUGCGAGUUUCGCCACGCAGUAUGAACGAAGCGUUGGCCCUGACAGAUACCGGCGACUUGUACCAUUUUAUCGGCAACCAAUGGCUGCUGGACACCAGCGCCAUGGACGUGGGCGAUGUGGGGAUCGGAGAUGACGGUACAGAGCUGUACGUCGAUCAGUAUCAGCGAAUUUUCAUCUGGGAUUGGCGAACCGGUGCUUGGAUUCCCUAUGAAGUGAAUGGGAAGGGCUUCGAUAUCUAUGACGCCAACCACGUGAUUGUGUACGAUAACAGCUAUAAUGUGCGGAAGCGGAUAAAUGGACGAUGGGUUUGGGAUACCGAAAAGUGCAAAGAUGUCAGGUUACUGCGGAACAAUUAUUAUUACUGUAUGACGCUAAAUAAUAAUGUGCGUCUGCUUCCUUAUUAAUGGUAAAGAAUAAAAAUUUAAGUUUCAAGUUGGUCCACGGAUGCCACGGCCAAGGAAACAAUCAUUAGUGAAUUUAUGAUAAGCAAGUACCUGCAUGCAUCUGAUUGUAAAACGUUGUGGAAUAAAUACAGAAGGCAUAAAGUAAACAGUUAACGAAAUUUAAAAAACGAAACGAAAUAAGUAAUAAA